GAGACACGCACACACACGUCACUGCAGACACCUUCAGGAGAUGAGCCUAGAAAAGUCACCCAGGUGGCGGUAGGGCAGGGCAGUACCAGAUGGGGCCAUGUGAAACCAGUCUCAUUCUGGCAGACGCCCAGUGCUUGCCCCCUAGAACUGAAAGUUGAGCCUAACCGGAGGUCCCCUUCCCAACUCCCCCAUCCUGGGCCUGGGAGCAACACAGGCUGGAGAGGGUUAAGUCUGGUUGGCAGGGACACCCCCCCCCCCAAGUGCAGUGAGCGAGAGAGGGAGGGGUGGUUAGCAGCUUGCUCUAGUUGGCGUCUCUCCCAGAAUUCUUCGGAAAAGAACUCCCCUUUGACCCCCAGUACAAACUGAGCCCAGCCACCAGCCUCCCUCCCGCCUGCCUGCCUGUGGGAGCGUCCCCCAGCCCCCUUCUACUGAACUGCUAAGCCUGAUUCUCUCACCCCAGGCCUUCCCAACCAGGCUGUGCCCCCAGGGCUUUGCGUCUUUGAGGGGACCAAGGGUGUAGCCAAGGAGACCACACAGGGAACCCCCAUCCCAGACCACACCCUUGAGCCUGAGCCCGACACACAUUAUUCCUGAGUCCGUGCUCCAGUACCGAGUACCUGGCUGGGCCCUGGGCACGCACAGGGGCCGUAGCCCCACUGUGUGUGGGAGCCAUGAGGAUCCUGGCUAACAAGACAAGGUUACCCCACCCCAGGAGGAGAGAAGCUCCAGGGAGCCCGCCGCUGUCCCCUCGCGGCCACUGCCCCCCUGCCCCAGCCAAGCCAAUGCACCCAGAAAAUAAGUUGACCAAUCAUGGCAAGACAGGGAAUGGCGGGGCCCAAUCCCAGCACCAGAAUGUGAACCAAGGACCCACCUGCAACCUGGGCUCGAAGGGCGUGGGGGCGGGGAACCAUGGGGCCAAGGCCAACCAGAUCUCACCUAGCAACUCAAGUCUGAAGAACCCCCAGGCAGGGGUGCCCCCUUUCAGCUCGCUCAAGGGCAAAGUGAAGAGGGAGCGGAGCGUCUCUGUGGACUCUGGAGAGCAGCGAGAGGCUGGGACCCCGUCCCUGGAUUCAGAGGCCAAAGAGGUGGCACCCCGGAGUAAGCGGCGUUGUGUGCUGGAGCGGAAGCAGCCAUACAGUGGGGACGAAUGGUGCUCAGGACCGGACAGCGAGGAGGACGACAAGCCCAUUGGGGCCACCCACAAUUGUAAUGUAGCAGACCCAGCCAUGGCGGCCCCACAGCUGGGUCCCAGCCAAGCCGCCCAACUGCCCCUCAGUGAGAGCAGUGCACCAGGCCCCCCGCACGGGCCUCCACCAGGCCUUCGGCCUGAUGCCCCCGGAGGUGGGGGCGGAGGUGUCCCUGGAAAGCCUCCUUCACAGUUCGUCUAUGUCUUCACCACCCACCUGGCCAACACGGCCGCAGAGGCAGUGCUGCAGGGCCGGGCCGACUCCAUCCUUGCCUACCAUCAGCAGAAUGUGCCCCGGGCCAAGCUUGACCAGGCCCCUAAAGUGCCACCCACCCCAGAACCGCUACCCCUGAGCACACCAUCAGCAGGCACCCCGCAGUCCCAGCCAGCUCCACUGCCGCCGCCACCACCCCCUGCCCCUGGCAGUGCCCCCCCUGCUCUGCCUUCCGAGGGGCCUCCUGAGGACGCCAAUCAGGACCUGACCCCCAACUCAGUGGGAGCUGCCAGCACAGGUGGUGGGACGGGGGGCACCCACCCUAACACCCCUACGGCUGCCACCACCACCAACCCACUGCCUCCUGGAGGAGACCCCAGCAGUGCCCCUGGCCCUGCCCUGCUGGGAGAGACAGCCCUCUCAGGAAAUGGGCAGCGGAGCCUGGUGGGCUCUGAGGGUCUGUCUAAGGAGCAGCUGGAGCAUCGGGAGCGUUCCCUCCAGACCCUGCGAGACAUUGAGCGGCUGUUGCUCCGCAGCGGGGAGACCGAGCCCUUCCUCAAGGGGCCCCCGGGAGGAGCAGGUGAGGGGGGACCACCAGCACAAGCCCCUCCUGCCCCCCAGCAGCCACCCGCACCCCCUCCUGGCGGGCUGAAGAAGUACGAGGAGCCCUUGCAGUCCAUGAUUUCGCAGACACAGAGCCUAGGGGGCCCCCCGCUGGAGCAUGAAGUGCCUGGGCACCCCCCGGGCGGGGACAUGGGACAGCAGAUGAACCUGAUGAUGCAGAGGCUGGGCCAGGACAGCCUGACGCCUGAGCAGGUGGCCUGGCGCAAGCUACAGGAAGAGUACUAUGAGGAGAAACGGCGGAAGGAGGAGCAGAUUGGGCUGCAUGGGGGCCGCCCUCUGCAGGACAUGAUGGGCAUGGGGGGCAUGAUGGUGAGGGGGCCACCCCCUCCCUACCAUAGCAAGCCUGGGGAUCAGUGGCCACCUGGAAUGGGUGCACAGCUGCGGGGGCCCAUGGAUGUCCAAGAUCCCAUGCAGCUUCGGGGUGGACCUCCCUUCCCUGGCCCUCGUUUCCCAGGCAGCCAGAUGCAGCGGGUGCCUGGGUUUGGAGGCAUGCAGGGUAUGCCCAUGGAGGUACCCAUGAAUGCCAUGCAGAGGCCUGUGAGGCCAGGCAUAGGCUGGACCGAAGACUUGCCCCCCAUGGGAGGGCCCAGCAAUUUUGCCCAGAAUGCCGUGCCCUACCCAGGUGGGCAGGGUGAAGCAGAGCGGUUCAUGACUCCUCGGGUUCGAGAAGAGCUGCUGCGGCACCAGCUGCUGGAGAAGCGGUCGAUGGGCAUGCAGCGCCCCCUCAGCAUGGCAGGCAGUGGCCUGGGGCAGGGCAUGGAGAUGGAACGGAUGAUGCAGGCGCACCGGCAGAUAGAUCCGGCCAUGUUCUCCGGGCAAAUAGCUAGUGGCGAGGGCCUGGCAGGCACUCCUAUGGGCAUGGAGUUUGGUGGAGGUCGGGGCCUCCUGAGUCCCCCAAUGGGGCAGUCUGGGCUGAGGGAGGUGGACCCACCCAUGGGACCAGGCAACCUCAACAUGAACAUGAAUGUGAACAUGAACAUGAACAUGAACCUGAAUGUGCAGAUGACCCCGCAGCAGCAGAUGCUGAUGUCACAGAAGAUGCGGGGCCCUGGGGACAUGAUGGGGCCGCAGGGCCUCAGUCCUGAGGAGAUGGCCCGGGUGCGGGCCCAGAACAGCAGUGGCAUGAUGGGCGGCCAGCAGAAGAUGCUUAUGCCUUCACAGUUUCCUAACCAGGGCCAGCAGGGAUUCUCUGGGGGCCAGGGACCCUACCAAGCCAUGCCCCAGGACAUGGGCAAUACCCAGGACAUGUUCAGCCCUGACCAGAGCUCAAUGCCCAUGGGCAGUGUGGGUACCACUCGGCUCAGCCACAUGCCUCUGCCCCCUGCAUCCAAUCCUCCUCCCGGGUCUGUGCAUUCGGCCCCAAGCCGGGGGCUGGGCAGACGGCCUUCAGACCUCACCAUCAGUAUUAAUCAGAUGGGCUCGCCAGGCAUGGGGCACCUGAAGUCGCCCACCCUUAGCCAGGUGCAUUCACCCCUGGUCACCUCGCCCUCCGCCAACCUCAAGUCACCCCAGACUCCCUCACAGAUGGUGCCCUUGCCUUCGGCCAACCCACCAGGACCUCUCAAGUCGCCCCAGGUCCUCAGCUCCUCCCUCAGUGUCCGUUCGCCCACUGGCUCACCCAGCAGGCUCAAGUCUCCCUCUAUGGCGGUGCCUUCUCCAGGUUGGGUUGCCUCACCCAAGACAGCCAUGCCCAGCCCUGGGGUCCCCCAGAACAAACAGCCGCCUCUCAACAUGAACUCUUCCACCACCCUGGGCAAUAUGGAACAGGGUGCCCUGCCGCCUAGCGGCCCCCGGAGCAGCUCCUCAGCACCUCCCGCCAACCCUCCCAGCAGCCUCAUGAACCCCAGCCUGCCAUUCACUUCCUCCCCAGACCCCACGCCUUCCCAGAACCCCCUGUCACUGAUGAUGUCCCAGAUGUCCAAGUACGCCAUGCCCAGCUCCACCCCGCUCUACCACAAUGCCAUCAAGACCAUCGCCACCUCAGACGACGAGCUGCUGCCCGACCGGCCCCUGCUCGCCCCACCACCACCACCGCAGGGCUCCGGGCCAGGGAUCAGCAAUAACCAGCCCAACCAGAUGCACCUGAACUCAGCUGCUGCCCAGAGCCCCAUGGGCAUGAACCUGCCAGGCCAGCAGCCCCUGUCCCAUGAGCCCCCGCCUACCAUGUUGCCCUCCCCCACCCCUCUGGGCUCCAACAUUCCACUGCACCCCAAUGCACAGGGGACAGGAGGGCCCCCUCAAAACUCGAUGAUGAUGGCACCAGGGGGCCCAGACUCCCUGAAUGCCCCCUGUGGUCCUGUGCCCAGCUCCUCCCAGAUGAUGCCCUUCCCCCCUCGGCUGCAGCAGCCCCAUGGUGCCAUGGCCCCCAGUGGGGGCGGGGGGCCUGGCCUGCAGCAGCACUACCCUGCAGGCAUGCCCUUGCCCCCAGAGGACCUGCCCAGCCAGCCGCCAGGCCCCUUGCCCCCCCAGCAGCACCUGAUGGGCAAAAGCAUGGCUGGGCGCAUGGGCGAUGCAUACCCGCCAGGUGUGCUCCCUGGGGUGGCUUCAGUGCUGAACGACCCCGAGCUGAGCGAGGUGAUCCGGCCCACCCCGACGGGGAUCCCUGAGUUCGACUUGUCGAGGAUCAUUCCCUCUGAGAAGCCAAGCAGCACCCUUCAGUACUUCCCCAAGAGUGAGAACCAGCCCCCCAAGGCCCAGCCCCCCAAUCUGCAUCUCAUGAACCUGCAAAACAUGAUGGCGGAGCAGACUCCCUCCCGGCCCCCCAACCUCCCGGGCCAGCAGGGUGUCCAACGGGGGCUCAACAUGUCCAUGUGCCACCCGGGACAGAUGUCCUUGCUGGGCAGGACAGGUGUGCCCCCACAGCAGGGCAUGGUGCCCCACGGCCUGCACCAGGGGGUCAUGUCCCCUCCACAAGGCCUCAUGACCCAGCAGAAUUUCAUGCUGAUGAAGCAACGGGGCGUGGGGGGCGAGGUCUACAGCCAGCCCCCCCAUAUGCUCUCCCCACAGGGCUCCCUCAUGGGCCCCCCGCCCCAGCAGAACCUCAUGGUGUCCCACCCCCUGCGGCAGCGCAGUGUGUCUCUGGACAGCCAGAUGGGCUACCUCCCGGCGCCGGGCAGCAUGGCCAACCUGCCCUUCUAGCAGUCCCCCUUGGGGGCUGGAGCUGGGGCAAUAUUGCAAAUAUGAUAACCUUAAAAAAGUUUCUUCCCCUCCAGUGUUGGGAUGGCCUGGGUCAAGGGGUGGGGUGGAGGGGGUGGGAGGGGGCUUGUGUGGGGGAGUGGCAUUUGUGGAAACCAGAUGUGCUGGCAGCUUCGGGGGAAGUGGCAGAGUGGGGUGGGGGAUUUUGGAUUGGGGUUUGUUCCAUUUUGGCCACCAGGACUUCCCCCUCCCCCACUCCUCCCAGUCCUAUGGAGCCUCUUUUCCCUCUUUCUCUGCUCCCACCCUCAUUCAGCUGUGCUUUAGGAGUCCUGUAUGGAAUCCUUGGGGGAGAGAGGAAGGAGCGGAGACGGCUCCCCGCCCAUCCCUUUCCUUUCUGCUGCGUCUCCUGUCUCUUCAUUGCUCCUCUUGGUUUUUCUGCUCCUGCCUGUUCUUCCUUCUGUCUCUUCCUGCCUCCGUUCCUCUCCUUGCUGAUGUGGCUGACCCCUCUCCCACCCUUCCCUGCAGGCGGCUGGCCAGGUGGGCAGGUGCCAGCCGUAGCUGUAAAUAGAGCGCUGCGCUUUUGUGCCGGUUUGUGCGUGUGCUGUAUUUCUGUGUUUUGAUAGAAGUCACACAAAAAAAGGAUAAAAGAAACCCUUCCCCCGCUUUUCAAAUUAUUGCCCCUUCCAUUCCCCUGGACCCAGGGACAUGCCAUGCAGCACACCUACCCACUGUUUGCUGUGUCUCAGGGUUCAUAAAGGAUACCAUUCCAGUCCCCUCCCCAAAUGGUGAAAUGACAAAGAUACCCCACCCCUAAACUGAGGUCAGACCACCUAGGCUUCUACCUGGAGAGCCCCAGCAUGCUGAGACCCCCAGGCCGGCAGCCUGUCUGCUGCUGAGUGAUCAGGAGAACAGGUGCACAUGUGUGCAUUUGCCCCACACAGGUGACACGGGGCCUUGGCUUCCCAGCUGUGGAUGUCUGGGGUCCCCUGCUGCUACAUCUUAGCCAUAACUUGAAGUCCUUGGUUUCCAGUCUGGGAUGAAGGAAAGGAGGAAGAGACGGAGGCUGUGUGGCCCCCUUGAGUGGAGCCAUGGAGCAGCGACGUGGCCCAGAUGGCCCUGUGCCUGCUGCAGUAGCCCUGGGCCAGGUAACCCCUGGGGCCCUGACUCUUCCAGAGGCUGCCACCUACUUCUCCCCAAAGGAGG